AUGGAAGGAGCUCAGGCUGAACUGGGCCAGCACCCAGCAAAGCGCACCUGCCGCAGGUCAAGUUGCCUUGUCUUGAAUGUGGGCGGCAGUCAGUUUCUUACCACUCGCGAGACGCUGGCCGCGUUUCCUUCAUCCUUUUUUGGGUCGCUGGUGUCCGGCCGCUUGCCCACAGCAGUCCAGGAAGACGGCAGCAUAUUCAUCGACCGCAGCCCGACGCAUUUCCGGCAUAUCUUGGAAUACCUGCGGAACGGCCCCAGAGCGCUGCUGUCCAUUUCAGAAGAGGCACAGGAUGAGCUGUUGCUGGAAGCUGAGUUUUAUAGCCUAAAUGAGCUGGCCGACAAGCUGCGGCGGUGCCAGCUCAUGGACAAACACCGCAUGACCUUUUCUCCGAGAACCGUGAAAAUCGAUGAAGACAAGUUUGAAAUCGGCGUGCUGCAUGGUCGGCGAUAUGGCGCAGCACUCUUCGACGUGCAAAAUCCAGACACCUUCGACAUCUGCUUUGACUGUUCCGACGGGUGGGCACAUCUUCCAGAGCUUCCGGAGAACCAUCCCAUGAUGUUUGUCGGAAUCGUGCCCAAGGAUGUGCAGUUGUCUUCUGAAUGGCAGAAGUUACCAAGUUUUUUGCCGAAACAUCAACACAGCCCCUUUUUUGAUGUGAGCGAUCGCGCUUUUUGGAUGGAUUCCAUUUGGCCUGGCCAGGCUACAGCCCCAUUGCCUUUGGCGGCGUGCGAAGCAAAGUGGCCCGCAGAGGUUGAAGUUCCACCCUGCUUGGUGGACGGCGCUUUCGUGGCUCUCACGGACUGUGUGUUCCCGGGAGUUGAUGCAUUUGCAAGGAGCGAUCGGGCCCAUGGCUUUUUGACUCAGAUGGUGACUCAGGGCGAUUUCAAGAAAGCCUCCACGGAAGGGUUCAGCAAUUGGUCUAGCCGUCCGAUCAAUUAUGUUCAGAUGUCAUUUGCUCGCACUACGGUGUCAAGCAGGCUGUACGUCGAAUGCGGGGAGCUUGGAGGCAACGCGGAAGCCACAUGGAGGCUGAACUUGGAAGACGUAGGUCUGGACCGCAACGUUCCCUACCGGCCGGUCAUUUUCUACGGCACGACGGCGGUGACCUCCGUGCAAGAUAAAUGCACACCAGCCUGA